AUGUCUCAAUUCUGGGCUCAUCAUAAAUACUGCAUUUUUAAUGCGAUUCCCAGCCAUAAACAGAUAGAAAUUUUUCCCGCUUCUUUUCUUCGCAACUUUUUCCGCUUCUUUUAUUCGCAACUUUUUCCGCUGCUUUUCUUCGCAACUUUUUCCGCUUUUUUUCUUCGCAACUUUUUCCGUUGCUUUUCUUCGCAACUUUUUCCGCUGCUUUUCUUCGCAACUUUUUCCACUUCUUUUCUUCGCAACUUUUUCCGUUGCUUUUCUUCGCAACUUUUUCCGCUUCUUUUCUUCGCAACUUUUUUCCGCUGCUUUUUGUCACAACUUUUUCCGCUGCUUUUCUUCGCAACUUUUUCCGUUGCUUUUCUUCGCAACUUUUUCCGUUGCUUUUCUUCGCAACUUUUUCCACUUCUUUUCUUCGCAACUUUUUCCGCUUCUUUUCUUCGCAACUUUUUCCGCUUCUUUUCUUCGCAACUUUUUACGCUGCUUUUCUUCACAACUUUUUCCGCUGCUUUUCUUCGCAACUUUUUCCGUUUCUUUUCUUCGCAACUUUUUACGCUGCUUUUUUUCGCAACUUUUUCCGCUUCUUUUCUUCGCAACUUUUUACGCUGCUUUUCUUCGCAACUUUUUACGCUGCUUUUCUUCACAACUUUUUCCGCUGCUUUUCUUCGCAACUUUUUCCGUUUCUUUUCUUCGCAACUUUUUCCGCUUCUUAUCUUCGCAACUUUUUCCGCUUCUUUUCUUCGCAACUUUUUACGCUGCUUUUCUUCGCAACUUUUUACGCUUCUUUUCUUCGCAACUUUUUACGCUGCUUUUCUUCACAACUUUUUCCGCUGCUUUUCUUCACAACUUUUUCCGUUUCUUUUCUUCGCAACUUUUUCCGCUGCUUUUCUUCGCAACUUUUUCCGCUUCUUUUCUUCGCAACUUUUUCCGUUUCUUUUCUUCGCAACUUUUUACGCUGCUUUUCUUCACAACUUUUUACGCUGCUUUUCUUCGCAACUUUUUCCGUUUCUUUUCUUCGCAACUUUUUCCGCUUCUUAUCUUAGCAACUUUUUCCGCUUCUUUUCUUCGCAACUUUUUACGCUGCUUUUUUCUUCGCAACUUUUUACGCUUCUUUUCUUCGCAACUUUUUACGCUGCUUUUCUUCACAACUUUUUCCGCUGCUUUUCUUCACAACUUUUUUCCGUUUCUUUUCUUCGCAACUUUUUUCCGCUGCUUUUCUUCGCAACUUUUUUUCCGCUUCUUUUUUCUUCGCACUUUUUUUUCCGCUGCUUUUCUUCGCAACCUUUUCCGCUGCUUUUCUUCGCAACUUUUUCCGCUGCUUUUCUUCGCAACUUUUUCCGCUGCUUUUCUUCGCAACUUUUUCCGUUUCUUUUCUUCGCAACUUUUUCCGCUGCUUUUCUUCGCAACUUUUUCCGUUUCUUUUCUUCACAACUUUUUCCGCUGCUUUUCUUCGCAACUUUUUCCGCUUCUUUUCUUCGCAACUUUUUACGCUUCUUUUCUUCGCAACUUUUUACGCUGCUUUUCUUCACAACUUUUUCCGCUGCUUUUCUUCGCAACUUUUUCCGUUGCUUUUAUUCGCAACUCUUUCCGCUGCUUUUCUUCGCAACUUUUUCCGUUUCUUUUCUUCGCAACUUUUUCCGCUGUUUUUCUUCGCAACUUUUUCCGCUUCUUUUCUUCACAACUUUUUCCGCUGCUUUUCUUCGCAAUUUUUCCGCUUCUUUUCUUCGCAACUUUUUAUAUCGCAUUCCUAACACUGGUGAUUUCUUUUUUCAUAUUUAUGUUGACUGCCCUCUCUAUUUUUUUCUUUUCUCCGUUUUCUAUUAUCGGUGCUUUUCUUGGAUUUUGGCUUAUUCGUUUUUUCUUUUCUUUUCUUGA